AUGUCAUUGCCAUUCAGUACCCCGCCUUCGACAGCAACGGCCUCCCUCACACCAUUCCAGGCUGCCAUCCCCAAAGCCAAACUCAUUGAGCUCGAGACACUGUUAAAAUUAGCGAAGUUUGCACCGCCCACCUACGAGAAUUCCUUAACAGACCGUCGUUAUGGUGUUACCACGGACUGGCUAGUGACCAUGCGGGAUCAAUGGCUGAGGUCUUACCACUGGAAAUCUACGGAAGAUCGAAUUAAUAGUUUCCCUCAGUAUUUGACAGAGAUUGAAGGCCUUACACUUCAUUUUGUAGGGUUGUUUUCGGAACGGGAGGAUGCUGUUCCCAUUUUGCUGUUGCAUGGAUGGCCUGGGAGCUUCCUCGAGUUUUUGCCUAUACUGCAAAAGUUCCGAGAGGAGUACACGCCGGAAACAUUGCCGUAUCACUUGAUUGUACCUUCACUACCAGGCUUCACAUUUUCCUCUGGGCCCCCAUUGGACAGGGACUUCGGAACAGGUGACAUUGCUCGUGUGUUGGAUCAACUGAUGAAAGGCCUCGGCUUUGAAAGUGGGUAUGUUGCCCAAGGAGGUGAUAUUGGAAGUCGCAUUGCUAGGCACCUGGGUGUGGACCACGAGAGCUGCAAAGCUGUGCACGUCAACGUGGUUUUCAUGAGAAAGCCGGACGGCAUGACAAACGACCAUCUGGAUGCCUUUGAGAUAGAGGGCAUUGAGAAUGCGGCCAAGUUUGCGACUCUAGGCUCCGGCUAUGCGAUGGAACAUGGUACUCGACCCAGCACCAUCGGCCACGUCUUGUCGUCGAGCCCUCUUGCUCUACUAGCAUGGAUUGGAGAAAAGUUCUUGGAAUGGGUUGAUGAUCCGCUUGCGUCAAAUGAUAUUUUGGAGUCUAUCACCUUGUACUGGCUUACGGAGACGUUCCCUCGAGCGAUCUAUUGUUAUCGACAGAACUAUCCUGCACCAGCUAUUCCGGCUUCGAAUGAACCUCGUUGGUAUAUCCACAAGCCAUUUGGAUUUUCUUCUUUCCCUAUGGAGCUUGCUCGAAUGCCGCGCUCGUGGAUUGAGACUACCGGAAACUUGGUAUUCUGGGAGCAGCACCAGAAGGGUGGUCAUUUCGCUGCUCUAGAACAGCCUGAUGAAUUGAAAGCAGAUUUGGUCAAGUUUGUUGACCAGGUGUGGCCAGGUAUUACUGGUGCCGAAUAA